UAUAUAUACACCUCAUCACUUCCACGGCUCCAUCCUCACUUCUAGAAACCCCUCCUCAGUGCAGUACUGCUUCUUCAUUCUUGUCAUCGCUGAUCUCUACCACUCUUGCGAUUUGAGAGAGAGAGAGAGAGAGAGAGUUAUAUAAACAUAUAUUGAGGUUAUUGUUCUAUAUAUGGACAGUAGUGGAGUUUCUGGGAUAACAGAAAUGUCUAGUGAAGUAGCACCAAAAAAUUCUCAACAAAGCAUAGGGCAGGUUUCUGAUGAAUUCAAUGGGAAGAGAAUUUUACGAAGGUUCGAUUCCUUGGACCUCGAAUCCUCCACUGUUCCAGGUCGUCAUGGCCAUGACUCCAAGGCUGUGGGGUGGUCAGUGAUAUUGCAUCUAGCAUUCCAGAGCAUAGGAAUUGUAUACGGAGACAUUGGUACUUCACCGCUAUAUGUGUAUGCAAGCACUUUCACCGAUGGCAUCAAGCACAACGAUGAUAUUUUGGGUGUUCUUUCUUUGAUAUUUUAUACCCUCACUUUAAUCCCUCUGGUUAAGUACGUUUUCAUCGUCUUACAGGCCAAUGAUAAUGGCGAAGGAGGGACGUUUGCUUUGUACUCUCUUAUAUGCCGAUAUGCCAAGGUUGGUUUGAUCCCAAAUCAGCAAGCUGAGGAUCAGGACGUUUCUAAUUUCCAGCUUGUGUUACCAAGUAGUCGUCAGCGAAUAGCAUCGGUGGUUAAGGCUAAACUGGAAAACAGCCAGUUUGCCAAGUUCUUCUUAUUGUUUGCAACAAUGCUUGGUACUUCCAUGGUGAUUGGGGAUGGUGUCCUUACGCCUUGUAUCUCAGUUUUAUCCGCUGUGGGAGGGAUCACCAACGCUACAACUGAAAUCACAGAAGAUAUGAUUGUUUGGAUAUCAGUAGCUAUCUUGAUCUUCUUGUUCAUGGUUCAAAGAUUUGGAACUGACAAAGUGGGCUAUACCUUUGCUCCAAUAAUUUGUGUUUGGUUUGCAUUCAUAGGGGGUAUUGGACUUUUCAAUUUCAUCAAAUUUGAUCCAACAGUCAUCAAAGCAAUAAACCCACAAUACAUAGUACAAUAUUUCCAAAGGAACAAGAAAGAUGCUUGGGUUUCUCUAGGUGGCAUUGUCCUUGCCAUAACAGGAACGGAAGCACUAUUUGCUGAUGUUGGCCACUUCACAGUUAAGUCCAUACAAAUAAGUAUGUGCUCAGUGACUUACCCAGCUCUCAUAUUAGCAUAUGCUGGACAAGCAUCCUUCCUUCGUAAGCACAAUGAUCUUGUCAAGGAAACCUUCUACAAGUCCAUUCCAGAACCUUUGUAUUGGCCAAUGUUCGUGGUGGCUAUUUUUUCAUCAAUAGUAGCUAGUCAAGCCAUGAUUUCAGGGACUUUCUCUAUAGUCCAGCAAUCUCUCUCGCUAGGGUGUUUCCCUCGAGUGAAAAUUGUGCAUACAUCGGCUAAGUACGAAGGACAGGUUUAUAUACCAGAAGUCAAUUACCUUCUUAUGUUGGCUUGUGUAGGGGUCACUUUGGCUUUCAAGAGCACCACAAAGAUUGGCAAUGCAUAUGGCAUAGCAGUGGUGUUUGUGAUGACUCUCACAUCAGCUUUCCUAGUGCUAAUCAUGAUCAUGAUAUGGAAAUCCCAUAUACUCUUAGUUAUCUCCUAUGUUCUUGUUAUUGGCAGUGUGGAGCUUCUCUAUUUAAGCUCAGUCUUCUACAAAUUUGAUCAAGGAGGAUAUCUUCCCCUAGCUUUUGCUACAAUACUAAUGACUAUAAUGUAUAUUUGGAAUGAUGUGCAUAGAAGAAAGUACUUUUAUGAGCUUGACCACAAAAUCUCUUUAGAGAAGCUCAAGGAGAUAGCUGCAGACAAAAAUUUAUGUCGAAUGCCUGGGUUAGCCAUGUUCUACUCAGAGCUUGUCCAAGGAAUCCCGCCCAUUUUCAAACACUAUGUGGAAAAUGUUCCUGCGCUGCACUCAGUUCUCGUCUUUCUCACUAUCAAGUCACUACCUAUUAGCAAGGUCCCAGUGGACGAGCGUUUCCUCUUUCGUCGAGUCAAGCCUAGAAACCAAAAUGUGUUUCGAUGUGUUGUUAGGUAUGGGUACACUGAUGUACGUUCUGAGGAUGAGCCUUUUGAGAAAAUGAUAGUUGAAAGAUUGAAGCAAUUUAUUAUAAAUGAUUUUUGGUUCUCACAAAGGAAACUCGGUAAUGGUGAAAAUGAUGGUGAAUUGGAAGUUGAGUUUGUUAAUGAAGAGGAUGAAAAUGAGGAUGUAGAACAUGUUGAGGAAGAGUUGGAUAUUGAGAUUGAAGCUAUGGACCAAGCAUCGCAUGCCGGUAUUGUUCACUUAAUUGGUGAGAAUGAAGUAGUUGCAUGUAAAGGAGCUGGUAUUGGAAAGAGAUUUCUGAUAAAUUAUGCUUUUAAUUUCUUGAAGAAAAAUUUGAGACAAACUGAAAAUGUAUUUGAAAUUCCCCAUAAGCGCAUGCUUAAGGUGGGCAUGACUUAUGAGCUUUAGAACAUGUAGUGACAGUGCAUACGCAAGCUAUGGUCUUCGUAUACAUGCCUUUUCUAAAAUUAGUACAGUUUUUAUCAUACAAGGAUUGAAUGUUGGCCAUGGAGUUUCCACUUAAAUGCAUUAGGGAAAAUUACAACUUACUCACCUAUGGUUUGGCUAAAUUGUGUAAAUUUGACACUUUGCCCACCUGAGAUUUGACUGAAAUUUAAGUUACCUACCAACGGUUUGAUAUUGUAUUUUUAUGUUUUUUGCAUUUUUGGAGGAGAGAAAUAUAAAAGUGAAGAAAAAUCACAUAUUUAGCCAUGUUUUUAACAUAUGUGGGUUAGGAAAAUCCAACUGAACUAACCUCAGAUGGGUAAAAUGUCAAAUUUCAAAUCACAGGUAGGCAACUUAAAUUUUUGUCAAACCACAGGUGAGUAAGUUGUAAUUUGCCCAAUGCAUUAAAUCUCCUUCUCCUCCCUAUAUUCCCAGGGGUGGUUUAGGUCUUGUAAAGUAUGAAAUUUUAACAAAAUGUAUGCAAUGGUAGGGGAAAGUCCAUUUAAUGCCUAUGUUGCUGUCUCAUAUUA